AAAGGCGAAGACGAAGAGGCAAAACGUCGCAAGCGGUUGCAGAAGCGGCAACAGCUCGAAAACUUGCGCGAGCUAUUCGCUGAUCGCUCCUCCGCGCUUCGAGAUCCUCUCGACUCCUCGCGCCGCCGAUGGAGGAAGCCAUCGCCACCACCCAGGGCUACCUCUACGAGACCCUGAGCCCGCUCUCUCCGCCCGCCGCCGCCGCCUCCGCCUCGGUCGCCGACCGCUCGUCCUCGCCCUCGCCGCCCGGUGACCGCGAGCCUUACUCGGUGUUCCGGAGCGAGGUCUCCCUCUGGCCGCUCCCCUCCGCUCCCUCCGAUGCCGCCGCUGCGCCGGACUACUUCUCCCUCGAUGUCGGCGCCGACGCGGAGGAGCCCGAGCCGGUCGAGGCUCCGGCUGCUCCGGUCCCCGCGGCGGCGGAAGUGGCCGAGCCGAAGACGCCGGCUAGGGAACCGGGGACGAGGCUCGAGAGCGGGUGGUUCCGGGGGAAUAGCAGGUUCGAGAGCCCCAUGCUGCAAUUACACAAAGAGAUUGUGGAUUUCUGUGACUUUCUAUCACCAACUCCAGAAGAACAAGCCUCGAGGAAUGAAGCUGUUAAUUCUGUCUUUGGCGUCAUUAAAUACAUAUGGCCUAAUUGCAACGUAGAGGUUUUUGGGUCUUUCCAAACUGGACUUUAUCUUCCAACCAGUGAUAUUGAUGUUGUGAUCCUAGAUUCUGGUAUCAGAACUCCACAAUUAGGAUUACAUGCCCUAUCCAGGGCAUUGUCACAAAAGGGUAUUGCAAAAAAUAUGCAGGUGAUAGCAAAGGCCCGUGUCCCAAUUGUUAAAUUUGUGGAGAAGAAAAGUGGUGUUGCAUUCGAUAUAAGUUUUGAUGUUGACAACGGACCCAAAGCUGCAGAGUUCAUCAAGGAUGCUAUAUCUAAGUGGCCUCCGUUGCGACCUCUAUGUUUGAUCUUGAAAGUAUUUUUGCAGCAGAGAGAACUGAAUGAGGUUUAUUCUGGGGGAAUAGGAUCUUAUGCCCUUCUCACCAUGCUGAUGGCAAUGUUGCGGAGUAUUCAUGAGUGUCAAGCGUUUCGUCAACAUAAUUUGGGAGUGCUAUUGGUGCAAUUCUUUGAUUUCUAUGGACGGAAGCUAAAUACGUUGGAUGUUGGUGUAUCUUGCAGAGGGGCAGGAACAUUUUAUAUGAAGCGGGACAAAGGGUUUUUAAACAAAGGUCGGCCCUCCUUAAUCUCCAUUGAGGAUCCACAGGCUCCUGAUAAUGACAUUGGAAAGAACUCGUUCAAUUAUUUCCAGAUUAGAUCUGCUUUUGCAAUGGCCUUCACUACUUUGACGAAUUCCAAAGUCAUCAUGGGCCUUGGGCCCAACAGGAGCAUUCUUGGUCUGUUAAUCAGACCGGACCCUGUACUGAUUGAGCGCAAAGGCGGGUCUAGAGGAGAUGUCACUUUUAGUAGCUUGCUCCCUGGGGCGGGGGAAUCAGUACAACUGAACCUUGCAGAUCCGCCAGAGAUGUUUUGCAAUUGGCAGUUAGAUGAUGAGGAAGAGCCACUGCCGCGGGGUAGUGGAGUGUCUGCAUCUGUUAGCGAACCUUCGAAGAAGAGAAAAUCUGUUUCCAAGGGGAAGUCCGGUAAGAAGAAGGUUAAAGAAGGCGGAGAAGUGGAGACACCGGGGCUUGAAGAGAAUGGCACUAAGAAAGAAAAGAGUGCUAAGAAGAGAUAUCUAAUGGGAGACGAGAAUGACACUAAGAAAGAGAAGAGUGCUAAGAAGAAAUAUUUUAGGCAUGGUCAGCAUAAGACCAAUGGUUACAGCCAUCAUCAAGGCAGUUGUUCUUAUUGGAACAGAUAAUAAGAUCUUAAGAGGUGAUUCCUGUAUGGAUUUACUGAAGGUUUCGAUGGAGUGAGAGGGAGUCGCACUGCGGAAGCAGGUUCUCUUUGUGGAAGUGUUAUUAUGCACACCCUCGAAGGCUUGAGGGCAAGUUUUUUGCGGUUGCCCGUACUGAGACCAAGCCUGUUGGAGCCAGAGAUAUUCAAGACAGUUACUGAGGACAGCCGAUUUUCAGUCCUAGGAAAUACACCAGUUGCAAUAGCCGUCAAUUGAUAAUUUUAUGACCACAAGAUGUUUAGCAAAUCUUCUUUUUUUAUGAUUCGUCGUCUUAGCAGGUGUAAUUUAUUCUUUUACAUGUCUUCCCAGAAAAGAUGCAUCUUUUUGAACUCCGGUUCCGUUUCUGACCUUGUUACACGGUUUGUUGUAUGUCUUGACCUUGGACCCUCGAGGGGACAAGGUGACGGAACUACGAAGUUUCUGAGCUGCUCUCUGUGUGCAGCGUGCAAAACUAUUCGAGAGUGAUGUUAGAA